AUGGGCGUGAAGCGGAAGGAAGACGGAUCGGCAGUGGAGGCGGAUGUGGCCCCUGCCGAAGACGAUGGAAUCGAACUGAAACCCAAAAUGAGCCUUUUGAACGGCGUCACUGUCAUCGUGGGAAGCAUCAUCGGGUCCGGCAUAUUCAUAUCACCGACGGGCGUGUUGGAAAAUACCGGAUCGGUGAACGCUUCGCUGAUCGUUUGGGUCUUGUCCGGAGUAUUUUCUAUGGUCGGCGCCUAUUGUUACGCGGAACUGGGAUGUAUGAUAUCCAAGUCUGGAGCCGACUACGCGUACAUCAUGGAGACGUUUGGCCCGUUUAUAGCUUUCAUGCGACUGUGGGUGGAGUGCAUGAUCGUCCGACCGUGUUCACAAGCCAUAGUCGCUCUCACGUUUAGCCUGUACGUGCUGAAGCCCAUGUACACCGAUUGCGAUCCGCCCGAAGAGUCGACACGACUGCUGGCCGCGUGUUGCAUAGUGUUAUUGACGUUUAUCAACUGCUGGGACGUUAAGUGGGCAACACGAGUGCAAGACAUUUUCACGUAUGCCAAGUUGUUAGCUCUCAUGGUCAUUAUUACCACGGGAGUUUAUCAGUUAUACUCAGGUAAACGCUCCAAUUUCUUUCAUAAGCCAUAUUAUAUGUUUCCUCGUGAUAACUCGUGUAUUUAA